GCUAGCUGGUUAGCACCGCUAGAUAAUAAACGCCACAUUAGUUUCACGUAACUUUCACGGUAGUGAACCCCGCUGAGUCAACGAAUAAGGGGGUCAGACUUCUAAGUGUCGCAGAGAACCAGAAGCUGGAACCAUCAGAGGAGUUGCACAUCUUUGGUUAUGAGCAGCCCGAGAUCUGUUCUCUUAAACGCUGGGAUAUCCAGGCCAUGGCCUUUCAGUCACAGGACAUCACUAAAAUUCAUAUACCUAAAGCUCCGAAGGGCCGCCCAAAACCAGCUCUCAUGGCUUGUGUGCAGAAGACAAAGCCAACUGAACAAGCUAACUAUGCCACGGGAGGGCCAGUGACACAUCCAGUGAAUCUGGACCCUGACUCUCCACCCCCAGACUGCACAGCAUCAGAAGAGCUUCACUUUGAUGACCAAGAUAUGGUUCUUCCACAUAGUAUUCUGGGUACUCUAGAGGAUUUCAGAAGUUAUCUGGAAGCCAAAGGGGAGACAGAGUUGGUGAAGCGAAUAGCAAAGUCCAGGAAAUAUACCUCACCUGAGGCCCCAGGGAGACAUCGAUCAGAGGCUGUGGAGGAUAGGCGUGGUAUACCUUCAGGCAACAGAAAUAUUCAGAGCAAUGCCCUGCAGCACUGGCAGGCACAUAUGACGCAGCGCAGACGGCAGCAGGAUCUCUUAUCUGACAUGCUCGACAGGCCGGUAGAAAGCUUACUGAUGAACCAGGAUAACCGUUUCAGAGAAACUCAGGAGCAGAGGGAGUUUCCAAACCAAGCCAUGCCUCUCAUCCACUCUAGAUAUGGUUACCGUGUGGGCAGUGAGUUUUGGAGCCUCCCACAGCGGUUUGGAGACGAAAUGAGUGGCAUUGCAGCCACUCUGACUCAGACGGAGCAGGGCAGAUGUAAACCUGUCACACGCGUAGGACAACCGAGCAGCGUACGCCGGGAAGCAGGAAUUAUUUCUUCUGAGACUCGUCCAGCGUCCCGGACUUGGGACCAGAGCACAUACCUGCAGCACCAGUGCCAGGAGCCCGAGGAGCUUCUGCAGGACAUGGAUGUCAAAAAGCCGGAGAUCCGUGGACUGGAGGUUAUUGGCUCUAGCACGCCUGUCACUUCCGUCAGAGUGUGUCGUGGUCCCUUACUGGAGAAGCUGGAAGAGGAGACAGAGCACAAGAGAAUGACGAAAGAGGACCUGGAUCCUCUGGCACAGUACGAUGAUGUUUGGACCGACGCUCUGCUCAUUCCUGCCUUGAGGUUCGGUGGUCAGCUUGCUGGCUGGACUGGAAACUCUCCCAUCAACCACGGACAAGUAGGAAUCGGUGCCACAAUUAUUUUUGAGGCCCUGACUGGAGAAAUAGCAUCAUCCCACCUGGAGCUGCACAACGAGGGCAGCACGGCCAUGUUCUACAGCUGGCAGCAGCUUCCGGUGCCAUGCUACCUCCCAAACCUGCGAUCACGCACACAGAGUCUGCACUUCUACUUCAACUCCUCAAGUGGCGUGAUUCGUCCAGGCGUCACCCAAUGGGUUGAGUUUAUAUUUAAGUCAGAGGAGCCAGGCAUCAAAACUGAGAUUUGGCAGCUCAACACCCACCCUGUGCUGCUGCGAGGAGCCUCCAUGCAGGUCACUCUGAGAGGAGUGGCUCUGCACCAGGACAAAACUGCAGACCAGAGGCUUUUCUUACAGACGAAGCUGGAAAAGAUAGUGAAGGAGAAACUGUGUCGGUCCAUUGUGUAUGACAUGCUGCAGGGGGUCCGCACCCCAGAGAGACCAAGCUCUCCUGCAGAACUCUACGUCACCGAAGAGCAAACGUUUUUACGCCAAAACCCCAAGUUGAAGUACAAUUAUCAGCCAGUGGAGGAUCUAAAGAGACUGUGGCAAGAACUGAAACCAGGAAGCGUCUGGGACCUCUCUGUGGAUACACUCCGACAGGUUGUGCUGUCCCUGCCUAAGCAUGAGUCCGCUCAGGAACAGAGCCUGGCCCAGAUCAAUGCUCUGAUUCUGCAGCUCUCUGAAUCGUCUCAUCUCAAGCAACACCAGCUAACUGCGGGAACUAUUGGGCAGCAGCUGUGGAGGGAACUCCUCAACAAGAUGGCUGGUGAGGCCAUGUGGCUCAGAGACCUGCUAGGCCUUCCAGAGAGAGACACAUGGAUCGAUGAAAAGGAGGAAUCCCCAAUCUCUAAUGCUGAUAUGGCUAAUACCAAAGAUGAGAAGAGUGAGAAAAAGGGAGUAGCGGCUGCUAAAGAAGAGAAAAGUGGAGUGAAGUCCAACAAAGGGGAGUCCAAGUCAGCAACAACUGAAAAAUCAGUGAAAGACAUCAAAAAGAAAGGCAAAAGAAGAGAAGAAGUGGGGAAACGCACUAAGGAAAAACAAGGGAAGGAGUCGGACUCACUGACUGAGACCGCCUCACAAAGCAUCAGUGAAGAAGGUCUCGAUGACCCACACGUAGAGACACACGAGAUUGACAAUUACAAAAGGCUCCUGCAUACAAAGGUGUAUGCACUGAUGGAAGACCUGGUGGACAACCUGUGUGACCGGAUGGAUGAUCUUAACGAGGGAGAUGAACCUGACACUAUCACCACGAGAGACAGGCAAAGGAGCCCUCUGAAUACAUAAUCCUAUACGGAAUGUAAUAAGUAGGCCUAGUACUACCCAUGAAUCUCUGUUUUGUACCAAAUACUGUUGUAAAAAUAAAUACAUUUUCAUUCCUCUGACAUAA